AUGGUUAAAAGCUCUUUGAGCCCCUCGCAGCCCUUUCCUCCCCCCUUCCUAGAUGUUUUUAAUUUAGAUAUGAGAGCAGCAAGCUUUGCUAGGGGAAUCCUACCUAAGAUUCGCAUCGUCCGUCCCAACUUCAACCAUCAGCUACUGAAAUCAAACCUUGUACCACCGACACGGCCUUCUGCAGCAGACGUCAUCACCCCGGCUAGCAUUUCACACACCCGCAAGCUUACCAUGUCGAGCGCCGCUGAACCACAACCGCAAGAGGCGGUUGCCCCCAAGACGGAGGAGUCUACCGCUCCGGCCCAGCCCGAGCUUCCCCCUCUGUCGCCAGCUGAGUUUAGAGUGUACAACCAAAUGGCGGAGAAGAUGGAUUACUUUCACAACCACUUCCGCGCCCAAUGGACAAUCCUCCAUGACGCCGCCACCUCGGGCAAGCGCCCGCGCAACCUCACGCUCAAACAAUUCAUCAACACGGGCCUGCAGUUCGCGCAGCACCUCACGGCGCACCACGGCAUCGAGGAGCGCUUCGUGUUCCCCAUGCUCGCGCGCAAGAUGCCCGAGUUCCGCGGCGGCCGCGCCGAGCUCCUGCAGCAGCACCGCCAGAUCCACAAGGGCCUCGACCUGUUCGAGGACUACCUCAAGAAGUGCGCGUCGGGCGAGACGGAGUUGGAGCUGAGCGUGUUGCUCGAGAAGAUGGACAGCUGGGGCGAGGUGCUCUGGACGCAUCUCGACCAGGAGGUCAAGACGCUCGGCGCGGACAACAUGAGGAAGUACUGGACUAUAGACGAGGUGAGGAACAUGCCCAUGUGA